AUGAAUAUCACGUCUGCAUACACAAUUGAAGUUUUAAAGGAUCAGCAAGAUAAUCAAAAGCUCAUUAAUCAAUUAAGAAAGAUAUCUCUAAAGAAUUUUCCAGAAAAUAAUUAUGAUCAUAACGAUGAUCUUGUUGAAGUUACUUAUGUAGAUAGUUUAGAAUGUCAGAGUCGUACUAGUCGUUGGCUCUUGUCUAGUAGAACAUGCAUUCUAGAUCUCACCGGCGUCCAUCCUGAAACUAAAGCUUUAUUUGCAUCAGAAGAUUGGACAGAAAUAGUUAACAACUUUGAACAAGAAGUUAAGCUAUCACAAACAGAUAUACCUAAAAUUGUGAUUCAUUUUUUUGAUGAAGUAAAUCUAGUAUUUGAAGACAAGAUUCAACAUAAUGGAGACAGCAACUGA